AUGAACACUGGUCUGCUGAUGCUCCUUGUUAUGGUGGCAAUACUCCUAUGGGUCGCUUUGAUUCUCCAUGGGAAAAUUUUGCCCCUUCUCAUGUUCCAAUUAGGGGAAUACUAUACUAAGCCUCCAUUUUUGGAUGGGAGAGUCGUGUUUACCAAGCAAGCAGAACCGAUAAUGCCAGUAAAGGAUCCAACUUCUGAUAUGGCUAUUAUUUCAAGAAAAGGUUCGAACCUUGUUAGAGAAGUUCAUGAAAAACAAAGUAUGAAUAAGCCAUGUCAGCGGUUUUGGGAACUUAUUGGCUCAAAGGUUGGUGAUAUUCUUGGAGUUGAGAAGAUAGCAGAACAGAUUGAUACUGAUACAGCAGGUGUUGGUAAAGUUGAUUUUAAGGAAGAAGCAAAAUUUGGCAAACACAUGAAAAAGGGUGAAGCAGUAAAACAGGAGAAUCAAGUGGUGGUGGUUAUAGGUAAAACUGGUUCUGGAAAAACAACACAGUUGACUCAGACUUAUUCGUAUAUAAAUAAUGCAGAUAUAAAGGUAACACAACAAGAUAGAGGAAAUGGUGGCGAAACAGAUAUUGUUGAUGUGAUUAUUGAGGAAGACAUGGUUGCUAGUGCUCAAAACCUGGAUAUUCUUUGUGUCCCUGUCCCUGCAAACAAAAUGAAAAUGAGUUUAGGUGUACUGACGCGAUAUCCCCCUAUAUUUGCUCUAUCUUCACCAGUCUCCCUAGGAACCAAAUGCCCAAAAGUUUUGAAGCUUGAUGUGCGUGGAGAACUAGUGGAGGGAAACAUAAUUACAUGCCACCUGGAGGUUGCAUGGUGUGGUGGGAACCCAGCAAUAGCAUUUCUAGGAAGAACAUCAUACAAACAUUUACAAGGAGCUGUUGUAUCUAUUCAGACUAGGCUUAGAGCAAUGGCUGCACAAGAUGAGUUCAGAAGAAGAAGAAGAAGGAGCAAGGCUGAAGCUAUAGUUGUGAAUUCUAACAGAAGAUAUCGUGUACGUGUUCUUGUGUUGCCAUUGUCGAUUCGGGAACAUCCUUGCUUACGUACUGGCACAACUGUAUGUAUCUCAUGUGAAGCUUUUGUUAGAACUAUUAAUCUCAAGGAUUUCAAGUUUUUCAUAUUUAUUGUAUCUAAUUAG